CUGGGCUACUGUUGGCUGACGCAAACAAUACCCAAGAUUUCCCAAGAGCUUUCGGGUACGUAAACAGAAAAGGGGCGAUCAGUCUCGGCCUCCAAAUUCCCCAUAGCGAGAGCCCAAGUACACAAAGCAGCUGUUGUCACUCUAGAGGACCCGAGGAAGAGGAGGGUGAUGGGAGAAGAUGAGCGACUACAAGCCCCAGCAUGCAGUGCGCAAGCUGGCUCCUGGGAAGAGGUCCGCCGCGCAGUGCUGUCUGGCCUUGGCACAGAAUCCGGGCCUAGAUGCGGCACCUCGGCCCACCAAAUUGUCCAAAGGAGGAAGACAGGCGGGACGUGUGAGCGUGCCCUUAGCUCUCGUAUUCUCGACGCCCGCUGCUUCCACGAGCCCUUGGCAUGCUAGGAUGUGGGGACUCUGCGGGUCAGCUCAUUCAGCCCCGGCUGGUGUCAGACCUGCACGGUCCUAGCGCCUCCUGCGUUACCACUGAACGCCAGAAGCCGGACGUGACGUCCCCGUGGAAGAAGAAGGGAGAGGUGGAGCGCGGCGUGGUGACGUCCUUCCAAGAUGGCAGAAAGAGAGUGAGGAAACUGUGUCCCCCUUUGGGUUACUAUAGAGCAAGGGUAAAAUUCUACUCUGAUAUCAAAAUGCAGUAUUCCCACCACUGUGAGCACCUGUUAGAGAGACUGAAUAAACAACGCGAAGCAGGUUUUCUUUGUGACUGCACCAUAGUGAUUGGAGAAUUCCAGUUUAAAGCCCACAGGAAUGUGCUUGCAUCAUUUAGUGAGUAUUUUGGUGCGAUCUACAGAAGCACUUCAGAGAACAAUGUUUUUCUUGAUCAGAGUCAAGUGAAGGCUGAUGGAUUUCAGAAACUGUUGGAGUUUAUAUACACAGGGACUUUAAAUCUUGACAGUUGGAAUGUUAAAGAAAUUCAUCAGGCUGCUGAUUAUCUGAAAGUGGAAGAAGUGGUCACCAAAUGUAAAAUAAAGAUGGAAGAUUUUGCAUUUAUUGCUAAUCCCUCUUCUACAGAGAUAUCUAGUAUUACUGGAAACAUUGAAUUAAAUCAACAGACUUGUCUCCUAACACUGCGAGAUUAUAACAGUAGAGAAAAAUCGGAAGUAUCUGCAGAUUUAGUUCAGGCAAAUCAUAAGCAAGGGACAUUAGCAAAGAAGUCAUCUCAAACUAAAAAGAAGAAGAAAGUCUUCAACUCCCAGAAAGCAGGGCAAAAUAAAGCAGUGCACUAUCCCAGUGACAUUUUAGAGAAUGCAUCUGUUGAAAUAUUCUUAGAUGCAAAUAAAUUGUCCACACCUGUCAUAGAACAAGUUGUACAAAGAAAUGAUAAUUCUGAACUAGAGUUGACAUCAGUCAUGGAAAAUACUUUUCCAGUACAAGACAUUGUACAAACUGUUACAGCAAAACGGAAACGUGGAAAAUCACAGCCAAACUGUGCUCUGAAAGAACAUUCUAUGUCUAAUAUAGCCAGUGUCAAGAACUCUUAUGAGCUGGAGAGCUCUGGGGAAGAGCUGGAUCAGAGAUACUCCAAGGCCAAGCCAGUGUGCAACACAUGUGGGAAAGUCUUUUCAGAAGCCAGCAGCUUGAGAAGACACAUGAGAAUACAUAAAGGUGUCAAACCUUAUGUUUGCCACUUGUGUGGAAAAGCAUUUACCCAGUGUAACCAAUUGAAAACACAUGUAAGAACUCAUACAGGUGAGAAGCCAUACAAAUGUGAAUUGUGUGAUAAAGGAUUUGCUCAGAAAUGUCAGCUAGUCUUCCAUAGUCGUAUGCAUCAUGGUGAGGAGAAACCUUAUAAAUGUGAUGUUUGCAAUUUACAAUUUGCAACUUCUAGCAAUCUCAAGAUUCAUGCAAGGAAACAUAGUGGAGAGAAGCCAUAUGUCUGUGAUAGAUGUGGACAAAGAUUUGCCCAAGCCAGCACACUGACCUAUCAUGUUCGCAGGCACACUGGAGAAAAGCCUUAUGUGUGUGAUACCUGUGGAAAGGCAUUUGCUGUCUCUAGUUCUCUUAUCACUCAUUCUCGAAAACAUACAGGUGAAAAACCAUACAUAUGUGGUAUUUGUGGGAAAAGUUUUAUUUCCUCAGGAGAGCUCAACAAACACUUUCGAUCCCAUACAGGAGAGAGACCCUUUAUCUGUGAAUUAUGUGGAAAUUCGUACACUGACAUUAAAAAUUUAAAGAAGCAUAAAACAAAAGUCCAUUCUGGUGCAGAUAAAAUUCUAGAUUCUAGUGCAGAGGAUCAUACCACGGGUGAACAAGAUUCCAAACAAAAGAGUCCUUUAUCAGAAACUCUAGAUGUGAAGCCUUCUGAUAUGACUUUACCACUAGCUCUUCCUCUUGGGACUGAGGAUCACCACAUGCUUCUGCCUGUCACAGAUAAUCAGUCUCCUGCAUCAGAUACAUUGUUAAGGUCAACUGUGAAUGGGUAUUCAGAACCACAAUUGAUUUUUUUACAACAAUUAUACUGACUUUAUAAGGAAUAUAAGAUGUUUCUGGUAGUAAACAAACAUUUUUGGUAAGGUGCAUAUAUUCAUAUUAAAUUGCCAUUUGUUUGAGUUGUGAUCAUUAUUUGUCAUUCACUGAAGUAAAAGCACCUGAUGCUACAUCAUUACUGUGCAAUGCUUAUUUUUGAUUUGACUUUUGACUGAUUUGUAGAUUAUACACAGCUUUUUAAGAAAUGGGUUUGUUCUACAGUGGCACUUCUUAGGCUUAGAGGUGGGAUUUUUAAUUUUCUUUUUUUAGCUUUUUUAGCUGGCUUAAUUCCAUUUUUAUUUUGUAUUUUGGAUGAAGUCACCUUUCAUUUAUUAAAUUGGAAUCUUUCCAUUUAUAUGAUUUAAUUUGACCUGUUGGAUGUUCAAUUUUCCUCCCCUCAAGAUUUAAGCAAAAUCUAUGAUAGUAUCAACAUAAGAUACUGUUACUAAGCAUAGAUAAAUACCUAAAUUAGGGGAGAGAAAUGAAAUUUCAUAUUUCAGCCUAAGAAAAUGUAGGUACCAAAUAAGAAUUGUGCUAGUUUUCUAUUAGUAUGUUCCAUUGGAGUUAAUUUUUUCUAAUGGAAAAAAAAAAGAAGUGUUUCUCUUAAAAAUUAGAAGACUGUAGAUAGAUUUUUGUUCAUUUAGAGCUCAGUUUUCUGGAGAAAAUCAAUAGUCAGUACCUGGAAGUUACUUUAGGCUGUGUUUUCAGUAUGACUUUUAGAUAGGUAUGUGAUGGUUUUAUCUCCUUAAAAGACAGUUUAAAAUUUUGAUUCAGGUUAUGUCUUAAUAGGUUUCUAUAUUACUGAAGAUCAGUAAACUAUACUGAAUUUUGAGAAUUUUUGAUAAACCUCACACAUUAUGCACUUUUUAAAAUACUGAAUUCUUAAAAGAA